UUUGACACUUUCUUAUGCGAGUCUAACAAAUUUUUUUUGCCUGCUGACUUAAACUGCUGUAAUGAAGAAUUAUUUCAAAUUUUUCUCCUAAAUGAAGACAAAUUAACCUGAUCUUGACAAUUAAAAAAAGAGGGUUUGUUGUUUGUAUUUUUUUUCUUUUUAACGAAAAAAUCAAGAAUCUUUUUUUGCUGUCUUCCCUCCACUGAUCUUUAAACCUCUUUGCAGCCAAGCGGGCUUCCAGUGUAUUGCGUUCCUGGUCCUUUUGACAGCAUAGAGGUUAAUGAGUGCGUCAGUCGACUGCUGUUGCCUAUGAUAGUACGAAGUAUGACUUGCAAGCUGCCCAGAGUAGGUGUUUAUUAAUGCUGAAUUGGCUUGUGGUGUAGCCCAUCUGGACCAUAAGAGACGCUGCAGAUUUACUUGUGAUGUUAAGAUGUCCAUACCGUUUGGAAAGGAUGUUUGCUGGAGACAGGCUGAGAGAUACACUAUGAAUCCAUCUCUUUUACAUGCGUCUGCUGCCACUAAUGACUUACAAGGCUGCUCAUUUAGGAUAAUUAGCACCAUGGAACCUCAGGUGUCGAAUGGCCCAACUUCCAAUACGAGCAAUGGACCAUCCAGUAACAGUAGGAACUGUCCUUCACCUAUGCAGACUGGGGCAGCUACAGAUGACAGCAAAACUAACCUCAUAGUCAACUACUUGCCACAAAACAUGACACAGGAAGAGUUUAGGAGUCUGUUCGGGAGCAUCGGGGAGAUAGAAUCCUGCAAACUGGUGCGGGACAAAAUCACAGGCACACAAUUGGAGGAACACUUCAAGAAUUUUGCCACUGGCACAAAAUGGAAACCCCUUACUGAAGAGGGCCCUAUCUUUGGGAAAGGGCAGAGCCUAGGAUAUGGAUUUGUUAAUUACAUUGAUCCAAAGGAUGCAGAAAAAGCCAUUAACACUUUAAAUGGACUCAGACUACAAACCAAAACCAUCAAGGUUUCCUAUGCCCGUCCCAGUUCUGCAUCAAUCCGUGAUGCUAACUUGUAUGUUAGCGGCCUUCCAAAAACGAUGACGCAGAAAGAGCUGGAACAGUUAUUUUCACAGUAUGGACGCAUCAUCACCUCAAGAAUUUUAGUUGAUCAAGUUACAGGUGUGUCUCGGGGAGUCGGAUUCAUCCGCUUUGACAAAAGAAUAGAGGCAGAGGAAGCCAUAAAGGGCCUGAACGGACAAAAGCCAAGUGGAGCAAGUGAACCAAUAACUGUGAAAUUUGCCAACAAUCCUAGUCAGAAAACUAGCCAAGCAUUGCUCUCCCAGCUCUAUCAGUCCCCCAACAGACGCUAUCCCGGUCCUCUUCACCACCAGGCACAGAGGUUCAGGCUGGACAAUUUGCUUAAUAUGGCCUAUGGCGUUAAGAGGUUUUCUCCAAUCACUAUUGACGGAAUGACAAGCUUGGUUGGAAUGAACAUCCCCGGGCACACGGGUACCGGCUGGUGUAUCUUUGUUUACAACCUCUCUCCCGACUCAGAUGAGAGUGUCCUUUGGCAGCUUUUUGGUCCAUUUGGGGCAGUCAACAAUGUCAAAGUCAUCCGUGAUUUUAACACCAACAAGUGCAAGGGAUUUGGCUUUGUCACAAUGACCAAUUAUGAUGAAGCAGCUAUGGCUAUCGCCAGCCUUAAUGGAUAUCGCCUGGGAGACAGAGUUCUGCAAGUUUCCUUUAAAACCAACAAAACCCACAAGUCUUGAAUUUCUAGCCUACAUCGAUCUAAAAAAAAUUCUGUUCAUGAACAAUAUAAAGAAAAAAAGAAAAAACAGACUAUAAAUGGCUUAUAACCAACCAUGGACUUUAUAAGCCAGUGUUGCCUAAGUAUUACCAUUGGAUAUCCUGUGAUAAACCAGAAAGGAUUUUAUAAUGCUUAGAAAAAAGAAAAAUAACAAAAAAACUUUGAUGCAUUGAAUGUUCUUUCAUAGCUGUCGUCGUUGAAUAUAAUAUACAUAGAAUACAAUGAGCAGGGCUUUUUUUAACCCAGCCGGCUAGUUUUACGCCUUCUUUGAAGGUGGCUGUUUUUAAGAUGACCAUGAGUUCAUUUGAAGAGUUAAAAAAUUAAAAAAAAUAA